AAUGUUGGCAGUUCUUACUGGUAUGGCAGUUAAUUCCUAGCUAGCCAAGUCACCUAUUGGAAAAUUGUUGUUAAUCUUAAAAUCCUUUUUUCUUAUCAAAUGUUUUCAGUGUAGAAUUUUAUGUAAAAGUAACAUUAGUCGAAAUGGAAAACUUUUUUAGUAUGUGGAAAGUGCGAGAACUCGCAGACAAGGUUACAAAUGUUGUUAUGAAUUACACUGAAAUUGAAGCCAAAGUAAGAGAAGCAACUAAUGAUGAAGCUUGGGGCCCUACUGGCCAAAUUAUGCAAGAACUUGCUCAUUCCACUUUCACCUAUGAACAUUUUCCCGAAGUAAUGUCUAUGUUGUGGAAAAGAAUGCUACAAGAUAACAAGCAAAACUGGAGACGAACCUAUAAGUCACUUCUACUACUGAAUUAUCUUGUUAAAAAUGGUUCAGAGAGAGUUGUCACCUCCGCCAGAGAGCAUAUUUAUGAUUUAAGGUCAUUAGAAAAUUAUACAUUUAUGGAUGAUAAUGGAAAAGAUCAGGGAGUUAAUAUUAGGCACAAAGUCAAGGAACUGAUUGAAUUUGUUCAAGAUGAUGAUAGGUUGAGAGAAGAAAGAAAAAAAGCCAAAAAGAACAAAGAUAAAUAUACUGGAAUCAGUUCUGACACUUUUGGCAUGAGAUUUGGCUCUCAAGAAACUUGGGAUGAAAAACCCUCCUAUAAUAAAUCUCGAGAAGAUUACUCUGGCGAGAAGGAAUGGGAUGACACAUCAGGGUAUCCAAAUAGUUACAGAGACUAUAACUAUGAAGAAGAAGCUGAGGGCAGAGGUGAUAGCGAUACAGAAUCACAAAAGAAUCAGAAUCAGAGGCAUACGCCUCCAAAAAAAUACAGUGAUAACGACUUGAAUGCCAGUCAAACGAAGGUGGAAAACAGAGUGAAUCUGAAUUUUAACGCUUCUAUAGUUACAUCACCAAAGAAAAUAGCUAAACCCAUUAAAAAGGUCGAUUUAGGUGCUGCGGCAAACUUUGGUAGGGAAUCUGUCCAGAGUCCGAUAACCGUGAAAAAUACCACUUCCGAUGAUCUUCUCAACGAUGAUUUCGAUCCUAGGGCAGAGGAAACGACAACAUCCGUUAAACCGGCUUCGGAUUUGUCUGAUUUGGAGAGUGCUUUUGGGGGAAACACUCCUCUGAGUACUACCGAAGAAUUUGCGGAUUUCACUUCGGCUUUCUCCACGCAAACCAGUACAGCUCAAGGUGGGGAUUUGUUUAUGCCAGGCAAUAAUUUCACUUCCUUCGACUCCUUAACUUCUCCAACAGUAUCUCAACCUAUGAUCUCGCCUCUCGGUCAACCCAUGCCGUCUCAAGCUAUGGUGCCCCCGAUGUCUCAAAACUUCAUCCCACCUGUGAUACCCACCGCCCAACCCACGAUGCCGUCCAUGGUUCAACCUAACCUGUUCUCGUCUACCACCGGUGCUGCUCCUUUGAUGGGUGGUUCUUUCGUCCCCCAAGGCAACGUUAUGGGACAGGGUAUGGGGGUGCUUCCUGCCCAAGCCGCUCCCAGACAGAGUAAUAAUGUUAACGAUCUUCUGAGUGACUUUGGAAACUUGGAUCUAAAUUCGGGGACUCAGAACAAUAACCUACUCAAUAGUGAUGGCAAUACCGGAAAGCCGGAUAGAAGAGAAUCCAAAUUGGGAAAGGAAAUUCGUAGCGAAUUCUCGAAGGCCUUGACCGAGUUGCAACGGAUCGAAAAGAUCACCAGAGACAUCGACAUACGGAAGAUCCUGGAUAUUCUGGGAAGACUGUUGGUGUCUUUUCCGGGAACCUUGACGGUACAGAAGGUUCAAGGGAUCGACGAAGUCGUCGAGUACCCUACGGAUUUGUACGGUUUGGUUCUGGAAGAUCUGAUGUCGAAGUUCGACGAGAGUUUCCCAAUUUUAGAGGGAAAGCUGUACGAGCCCGUGCUGCAGGUGUUUGUCGUUGAAAACGGGGAGUUUUUCACUGUUGCGCUGAGUAAAAUCCUGGAGACGAUCAAAACCACGAAGGUGAAAAACAAACAGUCUGUACUUGUCAUUUUGGAACAUCUGCUGAGUAGCGAAGGAGUCUUUGCGGCAGCUCUCGGUUGUAUCAUCGAAAACGAGAUGCUAGAGUACAGGGAGAAAUUCGAAAGGAACAACGAAUGGAAUCUCAUCGUUACAAACUUGAUCUCUGUUCCAAAUCGCGUGGCUAACGCUUUCGAAGGACAAGUACAGGACUUUUUCCAGCCUAAGAACUACGUUGGAUUCCUAUACUUCAACGUUGUGAAAAUUAUCGAGUUCUUGACCGAUUCUCCUAACUUUAACGAAUUGAAAAUCUACUACAAGAAUUUCGGGAUUCUCCUAAACAAAGUUUUGAUCAGUUUUAACGAGCAAACUCAAGAGGACAUGUUGAAGGAGUUCUUACGCAUCUUGGCCAUCCUCACCAACAAAGCAGGACCCAAAACCAAAUCUUACAGAAAAGUGAUAUGGAAGCUCCUGGAGAACUUGGAAAAAACUGGCGUGGAAGUUUUAGGAAAGGCUCUUUUGACCAAAUUAAAUCCCGAAGAAUUCUACUUCCCCUCGGUUGUCGGCCUAGAACUAAUAAGAGAUCCCAAUUGGAAAUUCUUCCUCUGCGAAAGAAUCCCCCUGUUUACCAUGGUUCCAGACAACGAGUUCCUGAUAAAGAACCUGGUAGUGUACUUAAGCAAAGUGUCAAGGUUCCACUUCCUAGAACUGCUCACCAACCUGAUCCAAGCCUGGUCGACCAAAUCAUCCGUGAACUACACGAGUGUCGAGCAUCAUUUAUACAUUUCCAAGAUGAUAGUGUUGUCCUUCAAUUCCCUGAGGAAUAUAUUUUUGGAGGAGCAGGAAAGAAAGAGAUUCGAAGAGAAAAUCUAUCUGGGACUUCCGGUUCACUUGGAGUGUUCUACGGAGGUCCUCAGAGCCAUAGGAAUGAAGACCGGGGAGAUUAUGUUGAACGUUUUGAAUAAAGAAGCCGCAGGAAAAGAAGAGAUAGAACUUAAGUUCGACUACGAGAAUUUCAAGGAGGAAACGAUGAAAAUAGUGAAGGAUCUUACGAAUUUGGCAGGUUUGAACAUGACAGCUUAUUAUAAGGAAAAGGAGGUAUCCGAGGAGGUCUACAGCCAUAUCGAAGCUCUAGUCGGUGAGAAGAAGUGUAAAAACAGCGUUUACAUCCCUCCAGAAAGGAAAUUCAGGCCUAGAAUGUCCGAAAAAGUUGUGGCUAACGAAUUGGUAGCACCUAGUUUGAAAAGUAAAACUUACACCAUCACAAUCUUAGACGGGGCCCCCGAACUGGACUCCGACGACGAAUUAGAGCCCUACGACACCUCCAACGACAUCGAAGUGGCCAAGACACAGCCACCGGCUUACUUGAGAGACCUUCGGGAUGGGCUUUUGGAAACUGAGAACCCAGACGUUUUCAACGUGAGCCUAGAAAGUUGCGAAAAAAUCGUCGAGCAACAGUUGCCAGACGAUGACCCUUCCAUCGGCUUGGAAAUCCUGCAGAUUCUGCUAACGUUGGAGCCCAAAUUCUACAACGAGAACUUCGAGAAGUUGGUGUUUCGGAACUGCGUGGCGGUAACCUGUGUUUAUCCAGCUAUUUACGCUGAAUAUUUAUGCAGGGAGUUUCACGCCAAGAUUGGCACUUACGCAAUGUGUCACAGGAUCUUGAUGCUCAACGUAUUGGCCGAAGCCGCUAGGAAUUUGUCCAGCUUGAGGCCGGAGAAGAAGGAGGAUACGAAAGUGAUGAAGAAGGGCGGUAAAGAAAAAACUAAGUUGGAAAAAGCACAGGAGGUGAUAAAACGGAGGUUAGAAACAAAGACCAGGUACUUUGGAUCGUUGAAACACAGGAAAAUAGAGAACGUUAACAUAUUCUGCGACUGCGCUGGGUAUUUCUUCUUCCCUCUCAUAUACGGCUUCAACAAUAACAAACUGCUGAUCGAAAACCCUCUGAACGACAGCGACUUUAUAAUACUGAUCAGUUUUCUCCAAACGUUGGGUUCUAUCAUUUGCUCUUCGCAAAACUGCCCGAUAGUUCCGAAGAUGGGAGUGGAAGCGUUGAAGCUAGCCUGGUACCUGAAGGGCCACAAGGAACCCAAAGUGAGGAUCAUGUCGAUAUCUCUGAUAGCUGCUGUGCUGAUCAACGUGCCCAAGCAGAUCUUGAUGACCGACUUUGUGGACCAGAUAUUGAAGCUUAAGUUGUGGUUGUUCGAUGUGCUUAGUUUUAAUGUGGACAUUGGUGAGGCGAACAGUGAGUGUAGGGCAAUAGCGACCAGUUGUUCCAGGCUUCUAGAUUCCGUUAUUAGGGUUGAUGCGGAAGAUGAUGAUGAUUGAUUCUGUAGAAUUCGUAUGGCUUUGUUUACUUGUAUUUUUCACUUUUUAUUUUUGUAAGAAAAAUUUGUCAGUUCCUAAAUUAUAUGAUAUGAUUGAUAUUGUUAUUUCUUUCUUUCUUAAUUCUGUGUUAUAACUUGAAUAUGAAA